AUGCCAUCACCGCCAAACGAUGCAGCUAUAGGUGGAACAACAAUCUUCCUAAUGGCCGAUUUCCGUAAAAAGAAGCAAUUAUACGUUUUCAAUGUGUUCUUUGAUGUUAACAGAAGUGGAACCAUUGAUAGCAAGGAUUUUGAACUUGCCAUAGAGAAAAUAUGUACUCUAAGAGGAUGGUCCAGCGGUUCACCACAAUACCAAAAGACCCACACGAGUAUGAUGAAAAUUUGGGACGGAUUAAGACAAAGAGCUGAUGCAAACAACGAUGAUCAAGUAAAUUAAAAUUAACAGGAUUGC